AUGGCCUAUCUCCUGAACCUCUUCAUAGUCAAUAUAACAAGCUGGACCUGUUGUCGUCAGAAACCUCCGCCUGGUUGGUAUCAGCUUCUUCGGGGAUGGUCUGAGAUCUUUGGCAUGGUUCUUCCCGCCCAGGGACCAGGGACAUCCACCGUCGGUGUCUUCUGGCGCCCAUUGGCGAUCCAAUCCGUAACAGUUUUUCUUCCUCAUGAUCCGGCAUUGCUUAAUCGAUAUUUGGUAGUCGAACCUGGCAAUUUCUGUUUCCCAGAAUAUGAGGAUCCGCAUUUUGUUUUGCCUGUGGGAUCUCGCCUGGUCGGCAAGGACCAGCUCGCUUGGUGGCCAUGGUUGCCUGCGUAG